AUGCCGAUGCGAAUUCGGUUUGCGAUGCAUGGGGUCCGUAACCGUCGAAUUCUCCAUCUCGUUGCCAUAAAUCAACGCAAGGCGCGGAAUGCCAAGCCUGCAGAGCUGUUGGGCAUCUAUGACCCAAAUCUGCGUCCUGGGCAAGACGAGAAAAAGGUUGAAUGGAGCGUGGACAGGAUACGGUACUGGCUCAGUGUAGGCGCAGUACCCAGCAAAUCAGUGGUCAAGCUGUUGGAAGCAGGAAAGAUACUGUCACCAGAUUCUCCAUACUCGACAGCCGCCCGCCUCCAACCCGGAUAUCCUGUUACACCGGAGGUUCCCAUAUCGUCCGAGUCGACGCCGGAGAUGACAGCAGAGACGACGCCGGCUGCAGAGGCGACCUCGUGA